CGAUCGCUAUGAUGGUACAUGUCCAGGCACUCCCCAGUCUGCCUCGAAAUUAUGAUCUCGGCCCCGCGAUAGUGACUCCACAUAUCGCCGCCACCCUCAUCUCGUUAGCGCCAUUCACUUGCAUAAGCAGACGAUCCUCGCUCGGCGAACCAUUCGCGCUGCCGGGUUACUCUAUCAUCACCUCAUAUAAGCCAGAAUGGCUUCUUUGAAUCGGCUGAGCUAUUUCUCCGCCAUGAGUGAAGAUGAGGAUGUCGAUUUGGAGGAAGGACAAUGCGAGGGCGGGAAGAUGGAUGGGCGUACGCCCCUGGACAGGACAAUUGACCGCAUUGGCAUGGGAUGGUACCAAUGGACACUGCUGUCGCUAUGUGGUUUCGGCUGGUUGGCAGAUAAUAUGUGGAUCCAAGCCAUCGCGAUCGUUCUUCCACGCGUCCAGCAGCAUUUCUCAGUUCGCGAUAGUUUCAUUGGGACGUUGUCCUCCUCGAUGUUUGCCGGCAUGAUGUUUGGUGCGGUAGGCUGGGGAACGUGUUCCGACCUGAUGGGUCGCACCACUGCGUUCAAUGCUACGCUAUUUCUCACGUCCUUAUUCGGUGUCCUCGCCUCCUUCGCCAGCUCCUUUUUCUGGCUGUGUACAUCGCUGUUCUUCCUCGGCAGCGCCGUCGGAGGUUCGAUGCCCACAGAUGGCACGCUCCUGCUUGAACAUAUGCCGAACGGAAAACAGUACCUCGUGACUGCGCUUUCCGUGUUCUUCUCGUUCGGCUCUGUCCUGGCAGCCGUUGUCGGACUGCUCGUGAUCCCAGGGAAUUCAUGUCCUCCAGCACCUGCAUUCUGUGACGUGAACACACAAAAUAUGGGGUGGAAGUACUUGUUUUCCACGCUUGGUAUCAUAACCCUUUCCAUGUUCCUCGCGCGGAUUCUUUUCUUCCGCCUGCAUGAGUCGCCGCGAUAUCUCGUGCAUGCCGGUCGUCCUCAAGAGGCACUAGAGUCGUUGCAGAUGAUAUCGAGAUUUAACGGAGACGAACUAUCCCUUGCUCUGGACGACGUCCAGGACCAUAUACCUGCUAUCACGACCGGUGCUGAGACAGCGCAGGAUGGACAAAGUUGUUCUCUGGCAAAGCACGGCCGAUUUGAUGUAGCGCGAGAAACUGAUGUCUUGGUGUUUGACGCGGACACUCACGAUGAGGACGCUGAAACAGUCCAGACUAGUAGCGAACAAUCUCCGAUUCCCUCCUUGAGCAGCCGCGAUGGUCUGCGACAGACUAUGUCUGACUUAGAGACGAAGACAUACAGCUCAGUCGGCGAGUCUAAUGUCCCGCUAGACUCUCACUCGUUUGGUGCACCUGCUGUCCUCGAGGAAACGCGUUGCUUGUCUUCGCAUUCGACGCAAUCCCGGCCUCGAAGCGAGGACGUAAAAGAAGAUCUAUCUCCGAGAUCGUCCAUGUCCGUAUCACGAGCAACGCAUACGCUUCCAGGGGACCCUUCAUCGUUCACACGCCCGCGCUCGAGGAUACGCGAGAUCAACAAUCAGCGGAUGUCGGUGACCUCUUCGAUGUACGAGGUCAGGCCGAAAAUCUACUGGAAGCUCCCCCGGUGGCUGCGGAAGCCACUGUGGGCGUGGCUUGACCGCAUCGGGAUGGUACUCUCACCCGAAUGGAUGCGCACGACGCUGUUGGUAUGGGCAGCAUGGUUCGCUAUGUCGCUAGCGUACACGAUGUUCAACGUCUAUCUGCCCAAGCUGCUGGAAGGCCGCUCUGGCUCGGAUCCACUAGCUGCUCCAAGGAGCCUGCAGGACAGCCUGAAGGACAUCGUUAUAUACGCUUUGGGGGGAUGCCCUGGCGCUGUUCUGGGAGCAUAUCUCAUCGAUUCUCCACUCGGACGACGGUGGUCUCUCGCGGGAAGCACGUUCGUAACGGCAUUCUUCUGUGCUGUCUUCGUGUUUGUCGAGCAAUCGUGGGCGGUGCGGGCUAGCACUGUGGGCAUCAGUUUAAGCGCGACGGCAAUGUGGGCUGUCCUUUACGGCUGGACACCAGAGAUUUUCGGCACGAAAGUGCGAGGAUCUGCCUGCGGUAUCGCUUCGGCGCUUUCACGAAUAGGUGGCAUGAUUGCCCCGAUGCUGGGUGGAUCCCUCCUCUCAGUCAACCAGUCAGUGCCUGUGUACACCAGCAUAGCAAUAUUCUUGCUCGCUGGAUUAUGUGUACUGCUGUUACAUGAAGACGAGCAAGAGCGCGGCAGCGAGUGCGUGAUUGUGCAUUGAUUUGUACCGUGUAGCUUGUAGGAUUUGCUUGUAUAUAGAGUGAUAUGUCUGAUAGUGAUCUGUUCACUUGUGUGCGAUACCCGA